AUGGACAGAAACAAUCAUCAGGUUGACGUAGUCAAGUUGAUCCGAGAUGAAUUGAAGGAAGUGCCUCAGAUUCUCGAGUGUUGUAUCUAUAGAGUUCCUUUUCGACUUAAGAGUGGCCCAUUUAGGGAGGGGAAAGAGGAAGUUUACAUUCCCAAGGUAGUUUCUAUUGGUCCACUUCACCAUGGCAAUAAAGGCUUAGAAAAGAUGGAAGAAAAGAAAAUGAUUUAUCUAAAAGAUUUUCUUGAACGGAACGAUGUAAGUUUGGAGCACUGUGUUGAUACUGUAAAGGAAAGCCUGGGAAAGAUACGUAAAUGUUAUGAAGAAAGUCUUGGGUACAAAGAAAAUGAACAUGAACUUGUGAAGAUCAUUCUAGUGGAUGCUGUUUUUGUUAUCGAGACUUUAUUGAAAUGUCGAUACGAAAAUUUUCGAGAUGAUAACGACAGAAUGUUUAGACCAUUUGUUUUACCGGAUGUCAGGACUGAAUUUCUGCUGCUUGAAAAUCAGUUGCCCUUCUUCAUCCUUAAGGAGCUCUUUAAAUUCACGAAGGACAUUAAUAUUUCGCUGAUUGAUUUUUGCUUCUCUUUCUUAUCAAGUUGUUAUAUUUUUGACCAAUGGCUAGAAGAAGAAUAUAUGGAACAAAUAAAAGAUACGUAUGAACCAAAGCAUUUAGUUGAUCUCCUCUAG